ACCUUUUCUGUUUUCUCUUCAUACUAAUUAGACGAAAGUUUUGUUCGAUACUAUUUUUUUUUUUCAUUGAUAAAUUCCCCAUUUAAUAAUAAAAUUUCAGAAAAUGACGAAGCAUAUUGUCAGAGAGUGGGUUGAACUUAUUUCAGACCCCAUUUCCAUGGGAAAGCAGGAUCAACGAGUCUUUGAGCACGCUGACUUGCCUACAGUGAUUGAUAAGCUUUCAGUAACAAUACGACUGAAAAUUCAUAAUCAUGAGCCCAAUUAUGCCACAAUUUUUCACAAAGGUACCAAUACUGAUAUCCGUACUCCUAUUCUACAGUUGACGCCAAAUAAAUCCAAAUUUCAUGUUCGAUUCACAGGAAACUGGGGUUCUAAUGUUGGAAUUGAAGAGCUUGAUGAUGGACUUGUAGUUAACAAAUGGUAUCAUAUAGCUUAUACACUUUCUGAUCCUGAAAAAAGAUUAGAUAUCUAUGUAGAUGGUGAAUGGGUUGGAUUCUAUUGCAUUCAAAAUGUUAAAACACAAAAAGUCAUCUUUAAUAAUGGACCAUUUUAUGUUGGAAGAAGUACUACCCAUCAUAUUGGGUUUAGUGGUGAAAUCUGGUAUGAUUUGAAUUUGCAAUAAUUUAUUUAAUAAACUUAAUUCAUAUUAUUAAAUGAACCUUUUAUAUGAAUAGCAAUGUACGUUACUUCAAUUGGCGUUUAUCUGCUGAGGAAGUAAAGGAAGAUUUUUUUGAUGAAUUUCAAAAAAAACCAAUUGUAUACGGAUCGAGAAUUGCUCUUGUACAUGUAUCUACUAGAAAAUAUUUAUCUACUAAAAAAAUCCAAUAUGACUUGGGCCCAGAUAAUCAACAAUAUAUGGUAUUUACCAACGUUUUUUGUUAUUA